AUGUUAACUUUCGUUGGUGCGGGUCUCGCGUCAAUCGAUGAUUUGACCUGCAAUGGCCUGAAAGCCAUCAAACAGGCGAACUUUCUCUACUUGGACGCGUAUACAUCCAUCAUGCCAGGAUUUGUGGAGGCACUAAAGGAGCUUACGGGGAAAGAUGUCAAAUCGGCCGAUCGAGAACUCGUGGAAGAGACUGAUGAAAUCAUUCAGAAAGCAAAAAACCAUGACGUUGUCUUCAUCGUCAUUGGGGAUCCACUAAGUGCCACGACACAUACAGGUUGGUGCCAGCCUUUAGAUCUCGUCCUCCGUGCAGUCGAUUCCGGUAUUCAGUUCAAAAUAAUUCAUAACACAUCUAUCAUGACUGCUGUUGGCUGUUGUGGUCUACAGUUGUACAAUUUCGGAGCAACCGUUUCAAUACCGUUUUGGGACGAGCUUGGCACGCCAGAUAGCUUUUACGACAAGUUACUGUGGAACUUUUCUGCUGGGCUUCACACGUUAUGUUUGUUAGACAUUAAGGCAAGUUUCAUCCCAUUGGUCAAAGAGAGGUCGGCUGAAAACAUACUUCGAGAACGAAAAGUUUACGAACCUCCGAGAUAUAUGUCCUGUGGACAUGCAGCCUAUCAGCUAUUGCAGGUUAUUGAGCGCCGCUCUCCAGGUGAUAUCGGGCUAUCGUCUGAUUGUUUGGCAAUCGGUUUGGCUCGUAUCGGCUCAAAAGACCAAGUCAUUGCAGUUUCUACUCUAAAGGAGAUGGGUCGACGGCAUCCGGCGGAAUCAAAUACCGGAAGGCAAACACCAAUAACAUCCGCCUUGGGCGGACCGCUACAUAGUUUAAUCGUGCCCAGUCAGUUGCAUCCCGUGGAAGAAGAGUUUUUGAGUUGUCGUUUACGUUCCUCGGGAGACUUCCCAGCCCUGCCGAAAGUUUUUGCUCCUACCCCAGCUGUUGGAGUUGACGUUGUGCGAGAACUAUUCCGUAACCACAAUAACCUUGUUUCAAAUGUCAGAAAUGCAAUAAGGAAUCCUAUAAUUCACUACUAUGAGUCGUUAUUUCUUUCUAGGCUGAUCACCAAGUCUUUUUUUUUUUAG